GACUAAUAAAGCCACAAAAGUAGUUGUUAUCAUAUCUUGGUCAUCUUUCUUGAAGAGCAGCGUUGAGUGAAGGAAGAGUUGGUCCUGUAGACCGUAGCUGUAGAGAGGAAGGAACACCUGGCAUUGCAUUUUGAACACACUGACUGGAUUGGUUAGAUCUCAUCUUCAUCAUGAUCAUCAUCAUCACUCUGCUCCUGUUGGGCUCUCUGGUGUCAAACCUGAGCUUUACUGCCAGUGUCAAUGUGCGUAUAGUGAAUGGCAAUGAAGCAACACCUCACUCCAGACCUUACAUGGUUUCUGUUCAGAAGAAUAGGAGACACGUUUGUGGAGGAUUCCUCAUUUCUGAUCAGUUUGUCUUGACUGCUGCAAACUGCAGAAAUAACACUGAGAUUCUGACAGUUGUGGCAGGUGCACAUGACUUAACAAACAUUAAUGAAAACCAUGUCCGCAUUAGUGUGAGUACCUAUAACAGGCCUCCAGAAUACAACCCUGAUCUGUGGUCACCUAUAAUAGCCGACCUGAUGAUUCUGAAGCUUGCUACAAACGUCCAACUAAACAACAACAUCAACACGAUUCCCAUACCGUUGAGAUCUAGAGAGAUCAAAGUGAACACUAAUUGCAGUGUUGCAGGCUGGGGGUUUGUGGCAAAUGGCGGUCCUUUAAGUCUAACCCUCAGAGAAGCAAACGUGAAGAUUAAGAAUAACACGAACUGUGCUGCUCGAUGGGGACAAAUAUAUGUAGCUCCACAGAUGAUGUGUGUAUAUGGCAGUGGAGGAUCCUGUGACGGGGAUUUAGGAGGUCCUUUGGUUUGUGACAACACUGCGGUGGGCGUUACAUCCUUCAGCAGCAGCAACAGAUGCAACGAUCCUAAUCUACCUAAUGUUUAUACGAAAAUUUCUGCAUUUCUUCCAUGGAUCCAGAGCAUAUUAACAACUUAAUGAAUUCUGCAUAUUUAAAGAUUGAAAUGCUUGCUUUUAUUUCUUAUAUCUUUCCAAACUGUCUUCUUUUAACAACCUAAACAAUAUUUACAACUGCACUGUAUUCAUCACAAACUAUGCUCUAUGCAUUAUGUUUUGUGGUUGUGUGUGUGUGUUUAAUGAAUGAAUUUCUGAUUUUCUCACAAACUGAUUUUAAAUAAAGCAUUGAGCAUCAAG